AUGUAUACCGAUACGGACAGCUUCAUCUACGAAAUUGUAUGUGACGAUGCGUAUAGUGAGGUGAUUGAUGCAAAUAUCGAGAGAUUUGACACGUCUGACUAUGCUCCAGACAAUAUUUAUGGUAUACCUCGAGUAAAUAAAAAAGUCUUGGGCCUAUUGAAGGAUGAGGCAAACGGUAAGAUUAUCACGCAUUUUGCUGGACUACGGUUCAAGAUGUACAGUUACAAAUUGGAUAUAACGAAUGAGGAUAUUGAGAAAGAGAGAAAGCGAUUGGGAAGAAAGGGAUUCAGUAAAGAACGACUAGAUAGGGAAUUGGAAAAUUUCGGUAUAACUAAAAAAUCCAAGGGUGUCAAGAAAUGCGUCGUCAAGAAUAAGUUGACUUUUGAUGACUAUGUGGAUUGUCUGACGGCUUGGGAAGAAAAGACCGUUGCCCAGCAAACGAUUAGUUCCUACGCUCACGAUGUUUUUUCCAUCGAACAAACAAAAAUUGGUCUGAGUCCCAAAGAUGAUGAGCGGAAACUAAUUCACGAUUCGUUUGACACACUUCCGUGGGGUCACUUCAGUUUGACGGAUUGAUUUUUUCCUAAGUAUUUUUGCAUCAAAAUUUUCAAACCAACGCUGUUGUAUUGAUGACUCAUUUUCCCAUGAAAAAAAUGUAAUUCCUUUUAUUCAUCCAAUAGUUCACCAAAUUUUGUAUAUAUGUAUA